AUGGUGUCUUUCAAAACAGCCUUUGCUCUGUCCUUGCAGGAGGUUGAUGCUGCGGCACCUCCUGGAACGAUCCAAAUCCAUCGUGAAGAAGAAGACGGCCGCCAUACUUUGAACCCUACCGACGACCCUCGAGACCCUCUCAACUUUCCAUUAUGGAACAAGAUUACGGCUCUGCUUGUCGUUUCAUUGUAUGCGUUUGUCACCAACUUUACCUCUGGUGUCAUCGCACCCGCGUUCCAGCUUUGGCCUAUGAUAUUUCCCAAAGAUCCAAGAAGUCUUUCUGAGCUUUCUACCUUGAUGGCUAUCAAUGUCCUCUUCCUUGGCGCAGGAAAUAUUUGGUGGGUGCCACUGUCGAAUUGGAUGGGCCGCCGACCUGUUCUUAUCGUCGCGACACUUCUCCUCACUUUCAGUACACUUUGGUGCGGACUUGCGACUUCAUACGACUCUCUACUUGCUGCCAGAGCCUUUCAGGGUAUGGGUGGUGCCGCAGCAGAUUCAGUCGCUCCCGCGUUGGUUGGAGAUAUGUUUCCCGUUCAUCAACGUGGUCGUGCAAUGGCUGUUUACACCAUCAUGUUGGUCGUUGGGCCACUCGCGGGUGGCAUCUCUGGAGGCUACAUCGCUUAUCAGCAGGGCUGGAAGAUGAUCUUUUGGGUUGGUCUUGCAAUGUCGGCAGCCUGUCUUGUUGGAGUCAUCUUCCUCGUCCCCGAGACUUUAUACAGCAGAAGCGCACCAAUCGAGGGUGUGCCCCGUUCGGAGUCUGAAAAGCAAGCCCAGUUAGGGAACAAUGAACACGUCGAAGACAAGCAGACCGCCACAGUUGGCGAGCGACAGACCACAAAGCCAUUCACCUACGCACAGUCCUUGGGUUUCAUCAAGCCCCGCGGCAGUCUACUCCAGCAAUUCAUCCGACCCUGGCGAACACUUGCUCUCCCUGGUACUUGGGUAGUUAUGCUUCACUACGCGGGCCUUGUGGGAGGUAUCGUAUCCAUUUCGACCAUCGGACCCCAGAUUGUGGCCAGCCCACCAUAUCUCUGGAAAGCAAACGCAGGUUUGAUCAAUAUUGGUGCUCUUAUCGGUGGCAUCAUUGGAUACAUUUACACUCAUAUGCUGGCCGAUGGUCAACUUGUCAAAAAAGCAAGCAAGAAGCGUCAUGGCGUUGCCGAAGCUGAAGAUCGACUACCUACCCUAUUCUUCCCGCUCUUUGUAGCCACAGGCGGACUACUUGUUUUCGGAUUCUGUGCUCAACAUCCAGGAGGAAACAUGUGGGUUGGAUUGCAGUUUGGUUAUGGAAUGCUCACUUUUGGUCUGAUGCAAGUUCCCUCUGUUGGAUUCAAUUAUCUCAUCGACUCGUAUCACUCUUUGGCCGCCGAUUGUUUCACAAUGGUCACCAUUCUUCGAGCAAUCAUUGCAUUUGCCUGGACAUUUUUCGUGGCUGAUUGGAUUCAUCACAAAGGACCUGCAGAGCCAUUUGGUAUUUUUGGACUUUUAAUGGGAAUAUUUUCUCUGCUGACAGUUCCGCUUUGGAUGUUUGGAAAGCGAAUGAGAAUUGCGACAGCGGAAAGGGUCCUUCGUUGGCAGGGAUUCUAA